AUGGCCCGUUUGCAACGAGUCUCAAUAUACUCUUCCAUCCUUAUUUUGAUCUAUCUACUGGUGUUAUUUGAGGCCCUGCCCAUACCGUUCAUUGACGCCAGUGUAGCCCAAGAGAUCCUUCCUGUCAUUCCUUGGUGGCUUCUGGUGUCAUUCGGGUCAUAUUCCCUCUGGAGUCUCGGCUGGGGGGUGUUUACAUUCCGUGACUGUCCUGAAGCCUAUCACGAGUUGCUGCAGGAAAUAAAUGAAGCUAAAAACGAUCUCAGAAGUCGGGCUGUCACCGUCGACUGA